CUGGUCCUGAACUCUGACUGGCAAGAAGAACAGAACAUUUAAAGGACCCCGAUACAACCAACCUCAGCAUCAAGGUUUACCGCUGAGUGCAGACGUUAACUGAAGUACUUCUCUGCAAACUCACUGGCAAGGAUCUGUUGGCGCGAACAGUUACCAGGUGGUAGCCAUGGAUAUGACGGAACCAAUUUUGAGCUUUAAAUUUAAAACUCUUGAACUCCUGUUUUCAUUCAGAGGUGGAUGUGACUGAACACCAAACAAACGAGACAUUUUUUGGGACGCAUUUGCUUCUUGUACACGUUGAGAACUCUUGGCCAGUGACCCAUUGGCAAGAAAUGGCAGAUCCGAACUUCAGGGAACUAUUUCCUUUUUGCAGCUAGCAAUACCUUAUUGGAUCAUAGUAUAAAGUUAAAAACUAUAGGAGCUAGUUCCUCCCAAUCCCUUCUUCCCUUUCACUCCCCAUCCCCAAAGUUGCUUCCUCCCUGUUUUUCCCAUUACCCCAAUCCUGUUGAUAUUGGUAUUCUGUUAGCAUCACAAUUCCAUUACCAAAGACAUCUUCCAAAACUUCUCGACUCUGUCCAGCUCAAUGCUCAAGGUAUCUUUCGUUACACCUUUUUCUUCCCUUUGCUGGUGAAGAAGGAUAGUUCUAAGUCUGUCUUUGAAUCCCCUGUUGAGUAAGGCUCUGUCUUUGGCAUGGGCGGCCCAGCAAGGGCUCUACUGGGUGGGUUCAGUACAACCACGUCUUCCCUGGAGGUUGGAAGUCGGAUGGCUUGGCCGAGCAACAACCCCCUCGACCUCAACCAAACCCUCUCAUGGGGGAUCGGGCUUGGGGGCGGUGGUGGAGGUGCGGCGGCCAUGAGUGGAGGCGUGGACAAUUUUACCCAGGAGUCUGUCACAAGGACGGUGAUUAAAGAGAAAAACUGGCCGGCCCUGCUCAUACUCGUCAUCAUCGCACUGACGAUCGGUGGAAACAUCCUGGUGAUUCUGGCAGUGUCGCUGGAAAAGAAGCUCCAGAACGCCACCAACUUCUUCCUGAGGUCACUGGCUGUGGCGGACAUGCUAGUAGGCAUUUUGGUUAUGCCAGUCUCCCUCAUCAACAUCCUCUAUGACUAUGCCUGGCCCCUCCCCAGCGCUCUGUGUCCCAUCUGGAUCUACCUGGACGUGUUGUUCUCCACUGCCUCCAUCAUGCACCUGUGCGCCAUCUCCCUGGACCGAUACGUCGCCAUCCGCAACCCCAUCGAGCACAGCCGCUUCAACUCCAGAACCAAAGCCAUGAUGAAGAUCGCCGCCGUCUGGACCAUAUCUAUAGGUGUGUCCAUGCCUAUCCCGGUGAUCGGCCUCCACAACGAGGACAAGGUCUUCGUCAACGGCAGCUGUGUCCUCAACGAGGAGCGCUUCAUGCUGAUUGGCUCCUUCGUGGCCUUCUUCAUCCCACUGGUCAUAAUGGUGGUGACAUACUGCCUCACCAUUCAGGUGCUUCAGAGGCAGGCCACUGUCUUCCUGUGCGAAUCGAAAACCUCCUCCCAGCAGCCUUUGCACACACCAGCAAUGUCAAAUACUUUAAAGCCGCCUACCAGCACCUUCAGCAUUCCUCAGAUCAACACACUUGCUCCUUCAGACUCAGAAGAGCUAAAGCCCCCGCCUCUCCAGAGCAGAAGGAACACCUUAAGCUGUUUUAAAGGCGCAGAGCCCGUCAUGCUGCUCAGCGUCUCCACGCCAGACAGCCUCAGCAUCAUCCCCAGCUCUGAGGUGGCGUCUCAGCUCAGCUCGCCAGCAGCGGGGCCUUCGCGGAGCGACGCCGCGGGUUGCAGUGGGCGGCGGGGGAUGAUGCAGGCCAUAAAGAACGAGAGGCGGGCCUCCAAGGUCUUAGGAAUCGUCUUCUUCCUCUUCCUCAUCAUGUGGUGUCCCUUCUUCAUCACCAACGUCACCUUCGUCCUGUGCCGGGGCUCCUGCAACGAGUCGCUGCUCAACGACCUCCUCAACGUCUUCGUGUGGGUGGGCUACAUCUCCUCGGGGGUCAACCCUCUGGUCUACACCCUCUUCAACAAGACCUACAGGAGAGCGUUCUCCAGCUACAUCCGGUGUCGGUACAAGGCGGGGGCCAACGCAGCGGGGCAGAGUUGCAAAACCCUCCUGGUGUCCCCGACGUGCCCGUCCCAGUCCGUGACUCCUCUCCUGAUGGGCGGUCACGGGAAAGCGGGCAUGGACCGCAACAGUAACUGUCGAAACGGCGGCAGGGGGGACAACGGGAGGCUGGCGGUGGACCCGGACGACGUGACGGACGACGACGGGACGCAAAUCGGGACAGUGACGCAAAGCCUCUCCGAGUGCCACAACAUUGGGAUGCUUUCGGAAACGGAGCCGGAAACGGAGGUGGAGCAGGAGCUGUCACUCAUCAGCUACAGCCCCGCCUCCAGAGAACACACAAGCAGCGUGUGACUGGGUGCUUUUUUUUAGUUUGAGCUACAUCUUCUUUUUGAAAACCUGCAGAUUCUGGGCCAAGAGGAAAUUUGCCGAUGAUGAGUUUUUUUAGUUGGUGAUUAUUGGGACAGGAUGGAGGAUGGGAACCUAAUCCCAAGUCGACCAAUUGGAUGGAAAACCACCAAUUACUUGGGGUCAAAUUGUUGGUUUUUACACAUAAAAAAAGGCGAAUAGUGUGCUCUGAGGGAACAGAAUGAGAUGGACUUCAGCAGAAAUCCAGAAGAACUUAGUCUCAUUGUUGACCUGGGAUGAAGCCAAAGGCCCUCGAUAGAGUCCUAAUGAUGCAGGUUAUGGAGUGAUGGGGUCUAAAUGGAGUCAAACUACAACUUCAAGCCUCCACACUGAGUCCAAGACUCCGCACCAAGCAAAACCAAACCAAAAUCUAUUUUUGUGCCGGGUCAAGCUUGACAUUAACGGUCCUAAAAGUAUAUAUCUGAAUGAACCUUUCCAGCAUGUAUAAUCAAACUCUUCAACCGACAGAAAUGAGUUUUCUUUUUUUCUCGAGAGGAAAACUUUCUCAAGGCUGCAGUCAAAAAGUUUGUCUGCAGAGGACUGAGAGAUGAAGGAAUGUACGACCACCGGGUCUCGGGUGGACUCACAGUGCCAUCUGGUGGUGGCAUGACACACAGAUAGGUUGCAUCCCCUUUGCAUUGAACAAGGGGGUUUUAAAGAGCUAAAAAAAAGAAUAAAAAGAGAAGAAGAAAUGGCGCAGGCCUUUUGGUCCGAUACACCUCGUCUGGCUCUUGCUUCUUUUGACCAAAAACAUCGAAUCAGGAUCGAAUCAGAGUCCCAAAAUCUAAAAGGUUUCUACUGAAAACAAAGUCUGAAAUAAGAGGGAGAAAUCUCUUAGUAGUCAUGUUGAAAAUUAGAUGUGAAGUUUGUAAUGUAAGGGUGCACAAAUGUUCCUAAGAUGUCAUUCUUUUAAGGGGAAAAAAUAUAGAUUUAUGACGUUAGGUUAUUAAUGUUAGUUUUAUCGAUUAGCUUUCAUUGUUGCACAUUCAGCCCAAAAACCAAAAUGAAGGUCCAUGAAGGUUCUCAUGUUACAAUGAACGCUUUAUUUCCCCCCCAAAAUAAAUUAAUUUAACAAAUCCCAGAAAAAUCAUAAAAGACAAAUUUUCUCGUUGAAAUGUGUCCAAGCAGCGCUUCCUUAAUUCCACCACAUGCAGUGAAUCAAUCACAGUGAUGAAGCAGAAAAGAGAAGUUAAGACA